AAGCUAAAAAUACAACCGUCAACAUCGACACGGGACACAUCAUAACAGAGCGCAUUUCUAUUUACUAGACUAGAAAUACAAUAAUAAAAAGAACAAAAACAAAUAACGUACAAUUUCUAAAAACAAACUCACUCCCAGAUAACGGUUACUUUUAAGUGAGUGAAUGUAUGUGUGAGAGAGUAUACCAAAAAUUGCCAGUGCUUAAAUGAUUAAGUGUGAAGCCUGCAGCUAAGUCCAUAAAUGUGUUUAAAAAAAUCUUUUAGAAAAUAAUUUAAACUUAUGUGGAGAUUGUUUGGUGGCAUUUUAAAAGAUAUUAUAACAAUGCUGUUGCUAAUUUCGUAAAAAAAUAAUUGUGGGUUUUUUGAGAGCAAAACACAAAAGAAGCAAACACGACGCAAUAAAAAGCCAAAAAGGGCAGAUUCUUGGAAAUUGUGAUGAGGAACUAAUAAAAUAGAAAUACAAUUGUUUAACACAGAAAAUGCUUAGGAAGGCUAUUACAACAAUGUUUACAACAUACACUGUAACCUAAUGGACUUUUUAAAUGAAAUACGUGCAAUUAUUUCGCUAAAUAUAACGGAAAACGAUGUCAAAAAUAUAUAUUAAAAAAACAAUUAAAUAAAUGUCACUCUACUAAAGAAGACGGAGAAGGAGAUAAUUAUAGUAAAGGAAGUACAAGUGUAAAAAAGAAAAUUAAUGAUAAUUUAAAAUUAAGCAAAUGUUAAUGAAAUAAAAGCCAAGGGACGUCAGAAAACGAGACGAGAGUAAAACGUUUGUCAUCAAUUUGGCGUUGCUGUAGUUGACUGACUCAUGCUUAUUUUUAUGAUUUCGUCCUUUAUUUGAAGAAAUGAAAAAUUUUCUGAUGUUUAAUUGAAAAACCAAGUAAAUUUCUUUCGUUUUUGACAUUACGUUUAUGCUCUGUUUUACGUGGAAAUAUUUAAAUGGAAUUUUUCUUACAAACAACAACUAUUACUGUUAUGUUACAACAAAAAUAUAUUAAACAGUAAAAAGGGAAGAAUUAGUAAGAAGUAAAAAAUCGUGGUGACAUGGUGUUAAAGAAAUAAUAAUAUUGAAUUCUACCAGCACAGUCAAAAGAAAACAAGAAACGUGACUUAAAUUUUGAUUUCGAUAGAAAAAUUAAAGAAAAUUUGUCAACGCAACCAAACAACCCAGCUGUAUGCCAACUAAAGAACAUCACGUUGAGUAAAUACUGCUCAGCCGCGAAAAAAAACUUAUAUUUUAGUAUUUUAUUCAUGCUUUUCGGCAGACAUUACUGUUACCUGGUAACCUAAAGAGAUAGAAAGAGAGAGCGACGAGACAUUAACAAAAUGUUAAAUUUAAAUUAAGUAUAAAAAUCACUAAAAAAAACGCUGUCAAAUUAUUACAAUCAACAGAAAAGUAUAACAAAAAUUAAGCUUUUACAAGCACAACAAGAAAAACUACCACCAUCAGGAGUAAUAUAAGAAACUUAUUUACCAUCCCAAAUAAACAGCUUAUUUCUUUUUUUAUUUUUGGGACUGAGCUUCAUUUACCAAAAUAUAAACAUGUCAUUUAAAUGCCAAAUUUUUCAAACAAGAUUGACAUUCAACAAUAAUGUCUUUGUAAAAAACUGUGAUGUUAGAUUAAUAAUAAUUUUAUGUGUUAUUAGCACCAUAUUGCCAAUCAUAAAAUGUGCCAAAUUAGAGAAUCCCCAAAUUAGACUUCUCAUCAAUGAUGACGAUUUGCUGCAAGAGAAAACCAAUAUACAUGAGGCGGGUUCGGCAAGUGCCGCCAGCCAGCAUGACAGCAGUGGAGAGCAUUUCAAUUUAUAUCGUAGUGAGUUAAAACGUCUGUCAUACGAGACGAUACAUCGUAUAUUGCGAGAUGAAAAUGAGCCCAGCUAUCGGAGAGAAGAUACGGAAUUAAGAUAUUAUCAAAAACGUUCACCCAGUUAUGAGGAGAGUCAUCAGUUGAUUAAACGUUCUACCAAAGAGAAGGACAUAUUGCUUAAUUUAAGUCAACAGAAUUUAACCGAGUUUCGACUUACGCCUCCAUUAAAGAUACGUUUAAAUUUGGUGUCUGUUUUAGAUUUGAGUCAUAAUUAUAUAGCAAAACUUAAUACAUCAGUUUUCAAUAACAUCACUUCUCUCAACACUGUUAAUUUGCAAAAUAAUUCUUUUACCACGAUACCUCUCUCACAGGGCACAACAUUAAGAACACUCAAUCUCAACAACAAUUUAAUCAAAAGCUCAUUAUUGCCCUCCAACAUCUAUCUGCGUAAUCUCUAUCUCUCCAGCAAUCUAAUAGAGAAUCUUUCCUCAAUAGAUUUUUCUUUGCUAAAAAAUCUAGAAUCUCUAGACAUUUCUCACAAUCUUUUACAAAAUUCAGAAUCUUCCUUUUUCAAUCAGCGCAUGCAUAACCUAAAACAUUUAAAUUUGGCCUUUAACCAAUUGGGCUCCAUAUAUCGUGAAACUUUUUACAAUCUGCUAAGCCUAAACACUUUGCUGCUGUCACACAACAAUAUCAGUGAUAUAGAUUAUGAAACAUUUUUGGCUUUGCCAAAUCUACAAUAUUUGGAUUUAUCAUUUAAUGGUUUAAAGGGAAAAUCCAUUAGAGCUUUGCAAGGUAUAACGGGAUUGGUAGCUUUGAAUAUAGCAUUCAAUCCGGAGAUAGGAGCUUAUAUGCAAGAAUUUGUAGCCUCGUGGAGUUUAAAAGAAUUGGAUGCUAGUGGUACUGGUUUGUGUCAAAUACCCGCUGCCUUGGCACAAUCGGUGAGAUCAUUGAAAUUGACACAUAAUUGGUUGAAGGUCAUCAACUGUGGCGAUUUGGACAGUUAUCCCUUAUUACAAUACUUGGAUUUAUCCUUUAGCCAUAUAGAGCAAAUAGAGGAUGAUGCCUUAGGCCGCUUGGAAAUUCUAGAAAUUCUCAUGUUAGAUCACAAUAAAUUAAGCAAAGUACCCAUUAGUCUGCCCAUUUCACUGGAGCAUUUAUUUUUACAAAAUAAUGAUAUAAUGGAAAUAUCUCAACAGGCUUUUCAGGGUCUUAAUAACUUAAAAACAUUAGAUUUGUCACACAAUAAACUGCUGUAUUUACCCGAUAUUAUGCUGCCAAAAUUACAGACACUCAAUUUACAAUCUUCAGAAAUAAGAGGUAUAAGUCAAGGUAUUAUACACUCUUUGCCAAAAUUAAAUGAUCUAAUGCUGGAGGAUAAUCCCAUCAAAUGUGCCGAUCUUUUGGGUAUAGCCGAAUGGGCCAGCACCUGUCGUUUGAGGGUGGAAAAGGAACAAGAUGGAGAGGUUGAGCAAGAUGAACAAGAAAAUUUUGUAAUUAAAAUACAAGAUUUGAAGAAUAAAUUCGAGAAAAUGCAUAACUUUUACGAACAAUUUGGCUUGAAUACUUCUACGCUGAAUAACAGUUUAUUGUAUAACUUAAAACCUCCAGCUUGUGUACAAGAGAAUGCUGUACAAAAUAUAGUUAAGAACCAUAAUCUAGAGAUUGAAGAUGUAAAGAAUUUCAAAUCAACAUCUUUUGCCUUAAAUAAAACAUUGAAGGAAAUAAACUUUAAUCAAAAUUCUAUGAAUUCCAGUCCGUUAUUAUCAACAACAUCAGCAGCUGUCGAAAAAAGUUCAAGAAAACACAAUAAUAAUCAAACAGAUACAGAAAGAAGACGCAAGGCAGUUGAAAGCGUAGAAGAGCUGCAACAAAAACUUGAAGAUGAAACUGCUGUAAAAACAAUUACUAUAGAAAAUCCCAUACAAACUUUGCCAACAACAAUGCAGUCAAGCAUUUUAAAUGAAAAACAAACCCCUAAUACAACCACAAAAAGUGUUAACUCGAAUGCAACCACUACAACAACUGUUGUUGCAUCAACUAUAUCAGAUAUCGCUACCAAUUCCAACAAACUUAAGAGUGCAGGAAAUGAGGGGCCCGAGGAAGAAGACAUUGUUGUUAAACCUACAUUUACAAACGAAAUGAAAACAUUUGAUCACUUGACUGCAAAUGCAGAUGCUGUUGCCACAGCAACGUCGGCAGCAGUCAUACAAGAACAUAAAAUUGCAUCAAUAGGAAAUACUCCAACAGUAAGUUCUUCAAAUAUGACAGAAGUAGUUAAAGCAGUGCAAAAACAUACUAAAGAAGCAGAACAACAACUUGAAGAUAUGCAACAUAAAACAACUUUUCGAACAAACAAAUCUAAAAAGUGGCUAAAACAAACAACCCCUCUGAAAGGUGGGGAUGUCAUAGAAGUGCCACAAAACAAGGAUAUUUUGUUAAAGCAGGACAAAACUAAAGAUAUAAAUGCAGCACAAUUUAUAAAAUCGACAACAUUUGCUACGCCAAUAAAUUUUGAAACACAAGCAACCACAAUAGUCCCCCCAACACUAACAACAGCGGCACUAGUAACCACAACAAUGGCAGAGCCAUUCAUACAAACAAGACAGGGAGACAAACUUGUCAAAGAGGCGCAGAUAUGGGGUGGUGAAGGAGUACUACAAGAAAAAGAUGUAGAUGCUGUAGAUUUUGAAAGUACAACAAACAAAUUAGAGAUAAAUCUUGAACGUAACGAAAAACAACAGAAUGAAAUUAAAACAAAAAAUGCUACUACAAAAGAGAUUAAAUCUUCAGCAACAAUAAACCCCGAAAGUAUGCAAACAAAACUAACUGACACAGUAGUAACGACAACAACAAUAAAAGCUCUACUUGAGCCCACAACAACAAACAAAAGAAUAUCUGAAAAAGCAUUAAUUUUUUCCCCGGAACUAACAGCCAAUUUAGAAAAACCCAAUAAAGAGUUGAAUGGAUUUACACAAACCACCCACAGCAUCACCACAACAACUAACUCGCAUCUCUCUACACAAAAAAUAACAACAAAUUUUCCUAACAAUAAAACUACUACAAUAGCAACAAAACCAACAACCGACAAACCAUUAAAAGAAGAGAAACAUGCAGUAGAAACAACUACAAGUACUACUGCAGCAUUAUUAAAAACGUUCAAGACAACAAGUUCUACUACUCUGGUUAAAGAUAAAGAUUUAGCAUCAAAUUACAAUGACAAAAAUUUACAAAUAUCUAAAACUAUAAAUAAAAACAACAAGAAUUUAAUAGAAACUACAACAAAUAGUAACAUUACCAGCAGCAGCACCACUAUCAUCACCAGCAGUACAAGUGGAAAUAAUAAAAACAAUCAAAUUGCAAAAACAUUUGAUAUUACAACUACUAACGCAACUGUAACUACUACAGCAAUCAACAACAUUGUAAACCACCACCAGCAGCAACAACAACAACACAGCCCAACAGCUCAUAUCUCAGAUAUUGUAAUGCCAUAUUAUCAACAGUCUUUACAAAAGGAUGUCAAUGUUAAAUGUAUGCAAUCAAAUUCCAAUGAAUGCAAUUCGGCAGUAACAACAACUACCACUACCACUACUACAGAAACACAAAAUGAGCUUGGUAGAACGCCAACUAUGGAAGACACAUUGGAACAGACAAUAGUUAGUAGAACCACAACAGAAAUUCCAACAGCAGCAUCAGAAACCACGACAGUUAUACACAAACAUGAACCCAUACAAUUGCUAGUUAAGGACAGACAUUUAAUCGGCACACCACUACUAAUGCACAAAGGAGAGAAUCUUAUGGUUACAGCCGAUGAACUUAUCUUGCCAAACAACAACCAUAAUGCUGAACAGGAAGAUGAUAACAACUACAACAACAACUAUAAAGCACAACAUGACUUAGAGACCAAUACAAUGGCAAGCGAUAGUAAAAAUAAACACAAUUUGGAAUUAAGCCAAACGACCGGGACACCAGCUACAGUCAUGGCAGCAACACCAACAAAAACAACUCUAAACAAACAUAUAAAAACAGAACACAAUAUAAACAAAUCAAAUAAUAAAAAAGGCCAAGAGGACAUUAAACUAGAAGAUCCUGCUGCAAGACAAGAUGAUUUGGGAAAAAAUCAAAAACCUAAUUAUGAAAUGAAAACCAAAAAACCUUCUUUGAUUAUGAAAAAAAUGACCAUUAUAACGAAACAACAUGAAGCUAAACAAUAUAACCCAGCAGCUGAGCCCUUGGAAAAUGAGGUGCAUGCCAAACAGUUUGAUAACUCUCACUAUCAAGAAUUAAAACCCCUUUCCACAACGCUAGAGAAGGAUGACUCGGUACUUAGCACUCAAACGCAUUCACUAAAACACAGCACUGUGAAUACACCCAUCAACGGCAACAACAAAAAUCAGGACAAUCGGCAGGCAGCCAACUUGUUGCAACAGCCGCAUACUUUUCAACAUGAACACGAGUUAUUGAUACAGCAAAUUCUGCAGGAUCAACAGGCCGAAACACAUGCAAAACUUACCAAAACCGAACAAUGGUCCGAUUUGCGUCGGGCAGAGAGUAAAGAAAAUCAUCCGGGUUUAAUACUACUGGUGUCAUCGGGCCUCUUUUUAGUUUUACUAUUAGGACUCAUGCAUGUUUAUCGUUGUGAUAUGCCCUGGCGUCGCCACUCUCCCAGCCAUCACUUACGACCCCAUCAACGGCAAAAUCAUACUUUGGACGAUGACUCUCACAGCUUUUUAAGCUAUAGUGAGGGUAUGCAAAAAUGGCAUCACAGCACACGCCUGGAAGCUCCCUACAAUUCUCCUCUGCACAAUUUACAUGUACGAGAACUACAAAAAACUUCGGCCACUGAAAAACCUGCCACUGUUAAAACAUCUGCAAACAAUUUUAAGCCACAAUCUCUAAGUCAUUCUAUAGUCCUAAACAAUUCUAGAUCCCUAUCCCAGUCCUCUACAACCACCACCUCAACAGCUUCAGCCUCAUCCUCGGCCAUUUUAGAUGAUGAAUCGUUUUAUAUCGAAAUGACACCAGAUUCUGGACAAUUUUCCCAGGCCAUGCAGUCAGAACUCCUGCCCAUGGAGCUUUUAAAUUUGACUCAAAUACAAACAGUGGACUAUCAGGAUACUAUGGGUGAUAGUCAAACUUCCAUGGAAAAUGAAUGUGUGGUACAUUAUAAGCAGCAGCCCCAGCAUAGAUACCAGCCACACUUGACAGCAUUAACGUCGUCAUCACCGCCCUCUUUACCCUGCUCGACUUCUUCACCGUCAAGAACAACAUCAAUUUUAAGUGUCAAACCCCAGAUUCAAUCGCGUAAGUUUGGUUUAUGGUGACAAACCCUGCUACAGAGACAACAGCACUAUGCACCAUUUCAAUAAAGGGCUGAUGAAAAAAAAAA